CAAAACAGAGCCAGAGGAUUCGCUGCCGGAAUGGCAUCUGGAAUCACAAAGCUGGCUGUUGGGCACCCCUUUGACACGGUGAAAAUUCGCUUACAGACAUCAGGUCCAGACGGCCGGUUUAAAGGGCCUCUAGACUGUCUCAAAAAAACGAUUAGUAAAGAAGGCCCAAAAGCACUUUACAAGGGUGCCACACCACCACUGGUAGGCUGGAUGUUUAUGGACAGCAUUAUGCUAGGUACACUUCAUAAUGCACGCGUAACUAUGCAGUCAUGGAAUGGAGACAAACCCUUGAGUCUCUUCCAACACGGUCUGGCUGGUCUUGCCGGUGGUCUGACUGUAUCAUUUGUGGCCACACCUGUUGAGCAGAUUAAGGCCCGCCUUCAGGUGCAGUAUGAUUCCAACACCAAGGUUUACAAAGGACCUGUGGAUUGUAUCCGUCAACUGGUCCGCAACAACGGUCCAACCGCACUUUGGACAGGAUUGGGACCAACGAUGCUAUUCCGUAGUUGGUUCUUUCUUUUCUGGAGUUCUUAUGAGGCAAGUUUGAGAAACAUCCCGGCAAUCUUUCUUCUAUCGGAUGGUGGAGUUUCUUUUGUGGCUGGUGGUUUGAGUGCCACUGUGUUCUGGAUAGGCGCAUUUCCAAGUGACGUAAUCAAGAAUCGCUACAUGACCCAACCUGAUGUUACCCCGCGUCAAUUCCCAACUCCAAUGUCAGUUGCACGACACGUCUAUCAAACGCAGGGUCUCAGGGGUUUCUACCGUGGUUUCCUCCCUUCCUUUUUGCGUGCAUUCCCAACAAAUGCUGCUGCAGUUUUCAUGUUUGAAUCAGUCAUGUCAGUCCUCAGCACAACCGAAUUAGAUUAA